UUCCUUCUUAAUUUCCCUAAGUUUUACAGAUCACAACAGAAAACCUAAAAGGAAACACAGAGAGAGAAAGACGAAAAUGGGUUCUGAAACUUUUCUUGAAGUCAUCCUUGCUAUCAUCCUUCCUCCUGUUGGUGUCUUCCUUCGUUAUGGCUGUGGUGUGGAGUUUUGGAUAUGUUUGUUGCUGACAAUUCUGGGGUACAUACCUGGCAUUAUUUACGCACUUUAUGUGUUGGUUGGAUAGUGCAACACUUGUACUGUAAAUAUUAUGCCUCUUUAUCUUUGUAUCAUUCUCCAAUAAAUACUUUCUUCUUUUUUUCUCUUAU